UUGUCUAUUCCUUCUUCCUUUUCGUGCGGCCGUGUCACCGCGUGGUUCACAGCCGCGUUUCGCUACAGAAACAAAGUCAAAAUGGCAAUCAGACCGGUAUAUAGGCCGACUAUCGUCAAAAAGAGGACGAAAAGAUUCAUCAGACAUCAAUCCGACCGAUAUGACAAACUUAAACGUAACUGGCGUAAACCUAGAGGUAUUGACAACAGAGUGCGCAGGCGUUUCAAGGGUCAAUACUUGAUGCCAACAAUUGGUUAUGGUUCCAACAAGAAGACCCGCCACAUGCUGCCUAAUGGCUUCCGCAAGGUCCUCGUGCACAACGUCCGCGAACUGGAGAUCCUCAUGAUGCAAAACAGGAAAUACUGCGCGGAGAUUGCGCACGGCGUGUCCUCCAAGAACCGCAAGACCAUCGUAGAGAGGGCCCAGCAGCUCAGCAUCAGGGUGACCAACGCGGCCGCCCGCCUCCGCAGCCAGGAGAACGAAUAAAUAUACGUUUAUAGUUAA